GUUGAGAAAGUGGUUGUCUCAGAGCAUACCUUCAAGAAACUCUCUGACGCUGAUCAACUUGCUGCGCGGGAAACCUUUGGAGGCCGGCUCGAAAUCACUCCUGGUACGGCCUCCCAGGAGCAGCAGUGGAAGCUAGCUACAGCUCCGUUGAGGCGCCCCUCGCCGCCGCCGGCCUUUGCUUGGACCGUUCUGGCAACUCGACAUCAGGAAGUGGUUCUCCCUGCAGUCUUGCAGCCGAAGGCCAGGACUCGGAUCUUCUUUCGAGCCUCCAGGGCCGACUUUGUUGCCAACCUGUCGAUGAUCCGCAGCAGUCAGGGCCCGGUGAGCCUUUCAAGCCACAUGCACAUUGCCGUGAGAGGCGAGAAUUGCACUCUGACUGGGCGUAAGGAGAGGGUUGAAGACCCUACGUUCAAUUCCGGCUUGGGCGCGGAGCACAAGGCCGUCAUGUAUUGCAUUGACUUGGAUGGGCGCCAGAAUCGCAUCCAGUUUACUCAUGCCGGAGUCUCAAGCAUGCUCAACCCCAAGGUGCUCGAAGUUUGCAAUGUGAACGCGAUGCCCAAGUUCUUGAGCUUCAGUAUGCCCAGUGGGCACAUUAGCUUCAGUGAUGUUAGAAUUGUCUCAGGGGCCGAUGAUGAACCCUUGUUGGAGCAUGAGCGCCCCUGGACUCCGGUGAAGCGCAAGGCGGUUGCGCCAUUAGCAGGGGAGGACAGACUGGACAAACAGCUGAAAAUGACGUUUGAGGAACCUUCGAUCGGCUGGAUGACACGAGCAUACAACUAUAUCACAGGCAAGGGCCAAUCGCAAGCCCCUUUCUGCAGUCAUGGCGCUGAUUGCAAAGUUGCGUACUACAUGAAAGACCGAUCGCAGGAGGAUGAGAACCACAUGAACACGAACAGGCAUAUUUGUUUGUACGGCAAAAGUUGCAGAGAACAGGAAUCCACUGAGCAUGACCAGCACUUCUCGCACAUUGAGAAGGACACUUGUGCUGCGGAGCCUUGUGAUCAGCUUUGUGAUCCUUUCCACCGAGCCGAGUAUCAUCAUCCAGGCAUGUGGGAUCUCCUCCUACCUUGUCGUGAUGGCGCCUUGUGCAAGAAGCAAUCAAACGCUCUUCAUUGCCAGAAAUACCACCAUCAAACGAUCGUGUACGUCGUGAAUGACGAGGGUGUGCAGGUUCAGGCAGAGGCUGCCUCGAAGAAGAGUGUCCAAGAUGGCAAAGCAGAGGCUCGCCAUCGCGAUGACGAAGCCAUGGAAGUUGACUUCGGUUUUGACAAGAUCGACGUGGAAGUGCAGGAUCGAAUUGAUGACAUGGCAGGGAUCUACAACGAUGCUGCAAUCAGUGGUGAUUUUGGUAGUGCUCAGCUGGAUAUCUAUGGCAAUCCGGUUGGAGGCGACUUUGACUUAGCGCGUGAUGGCGCGUUCGAAGGCUUUAAGAUCCUGGUGCUCUGCGCCUAUCAUGGCGAGGGUCUUCCAGCAUACUUGCAAAGUCUUACCAUUCCUGAGCUAUCGAAAAAGGGCUUCAAUGUCAAGACUUGCAUGGCCGUUGACGAGUUCACGCAAGAGCUUCGUCAGCGUCAGUAUCACGUGGCCUGGAUUCUCAGUUCUCAAACUUUUGAAGGAAACAAGAGCGCCUUCUUGGAGGAGAUUCAAAAGUUUCAUGAGGCUGGCCGUGGUCUUAUGAUCUGGGGCGACAAUGAUCCGUUUUACGUGCAUGCCAAUCUCAUUUUGGAGAAGCUCUUUGGAUUCCGCCUGAUGGGCAACACGCCAGGAACGAAAGAACUCCGCCCCGGAAAUCCACGCUCUGCAGGUCACUUUGGUGGACUUCCAAAAGUUUGCGCAGGGAUUGUCACUCUCUACGAGGGAAUCACCAUUUGCUACCCCAACAAGGUGCCAGAAGAUUGGCUGGUUUUUGGCACAUCUUCCAACAAUCAUCCUGUGCUUGUGGCAAGAGAAGCAUCUUCAGAGCGUCCAGGAAAGCCGGGGAGUGGCCGCGUGAUUGUCGACAAUGGCUUCACCAAGCUCUACGAAAGCUAUUGGAGUACUGCAGGUACUGCGCGAUAUGUGAGCAAUUGCUCGGCCUGGUUGGUGCUGCGAGAGCGUUUCCGCCGUCCGCAGUGGGGGUUCAACCCGGUUCCUCAGUACCAUGCGGGCGGAGCUUAAGCCGCGAGAGUGUCGAGACAGCGCGCCGAUGGCCUGGGAAAUUCAAUGAAUGUGCAUGUAGACUUGAGUCCAACAAGUGGCCCAACUUCAAUCGGCGCAACAUGAUCUUCCCUCUUGCAGCUCAGACUUCUCAUCAAUCAAUCGUGUUGUUUGAUGCUCUUGCUUUACUUUUAGUCGGUGCGUGUACGGUGCAUGGAUGCUGACAAAGCUGCAAGUAAAGAUUGCGCUUAAGCCGCACAGUUUUGCAAGUGUUUCCGUGGAAGUGCAACAGUUGUUUUUAUGAACAGUGUCAGAUCCAAGUACAAUCUUGUCCACAUGUGAACUUAUUUCUCUUCCCGUGAAACUUUGCUCACAACCUGCUCCACCACCUUGGCAAGAAUACAACAGGGUUUCUUUUGCAAAGGAUUCCUCUUCUGUUUUGUUGCGUUCUGCGGCAGUCAAGAGUGACUGCACUGAGUCGUGGACAGUCAAGGGCACGGAGGUUCAAUGAGGUUGGAUAAACGUCCUGCAAGUUUCCUAGGAGAAAAGCAGAGCGUGCUCGUUGGGCAGUGCAGGCGGUGCAUGGAAACGGCUUUGCAAUCCCAGCAUGCGUUCGAGAUCCGGUUUUGUCAACUUGCUCAGUGUGUCGUGACUUAGAAGCUAAAGCAAAUCCAUAGAGUGGUGCUCCAACAUGACACAGCUGCA